CGGUCUGCGCGGCCUCGGCCGCUUCCUGGUCACCUGAGGGGGAGGCAGCAGCUCGUUGGGGUGGCGGUGGUGGGGGUCCGCUGCUCCCCGUCCGGCUGUCGCCAUGGCCUCGCUCUUCAAGAAGAAGACUGUGGACGAUAUAAUAAAGGAGCAAAAUCGAGAGUUAAGAGGUACACAGAGGGCUAUAACCAGAGACAGAGCAGCACUUGAAAAACAGGAGAAACAACUGGAGCUGGAAAUAAAGAAAAUGGCUAAGACUGGUAACAAAGAAGCCUGCAAAGUGCUGGCAAAGCAGCUGGUGCAGCUGCGGAAGCAGAAGAACCGAACGUAUGCUGUGAGCUCUAAAGUCACCUCCAUGUCGACGCAGACGAAAGUCAUGAACUCGCAGAUGAAGAUGGCAGGAGCUAUGUCAACUACAGCUAAGACAAUGCAAGCAGUUAAUAAGAAAAUGGAUCCACAAAAGACACUACAGACUAUGCAGAACUUCCAGAAGGAAAACAUGAAGAUGGAAAUGACUGAAGAAAUGAUUAAUGACACUCUGGAUGAUAUUUUUGAUGCCUCUGAUGAAGAAGAAGAAAGCCAAGAUAUUGUGAACCAAGUGCUUGAUGAGAUAGGCAUCGAAAUCUCUGGCAAGAUGGCCAAAGCUCCAUCAGCUGAUAGAAGUUUACCAUCUGCAUCAACAUCAAAAGCUGCUACCAUAUCAGAUGAAGAGAUUGAACGACAGCUCAAAGCUUUGGGAGUUGAUUAGCUCGAUGGCAAUGUGCAGUCUGCCUUCUGAAUAUUCAUCUGCAGACAGAUGUAAAAAGUGCAAAAACUCUUUCAAUGCAACUGAUGUCUAUGGAAACUCUGAAGCUUCAGGAAUGAGAACUUGAAGUUGGCAAUGAGGGAAGGAGAAGGGCAGAAUAUUUUUUGUCAAUCUACAGGGAGAAGUGCACUUGGUGUGCCCAGUGCAUGCAGUCCUUUUGAGUGCUGGACCAGCCAAGGAUAUCAUUCCAGUGAUAGAUUCAUUUAUGCCUGAUCUGAAUAUGUCUUCUGAAUUCAAAGCUUUCCUCUGUCUCAGUUCCUGAUCCCUCCUUAGGACUGGCUACUCUGUGGCUAGUGGUGAUGCCUCCUUGGACAGCACCU